AUGGAUAAAGACCUAGACGAAUUAAACGAUGAAACCUUCGGAGAUGCGGAGAUUGGUGAUUGGGAAAUGGAGCACGAAAAAUUCGUGUUGGAGUUUGAUGCCGAAAAACUUCCACCAAGCCCUCGUGAUAUCCCAAAGAUUUGGGAAACAACUGAGCUUUCAAACUUUUGGUCAGCCGGAGAUCUGGAAGUUUCUCAAUCAUAUGAUUCGGUAUUGAAUGUUGUAGAGUCGGUUGAAAAGCUUGUUUCUGAGAACGAGCUGGAAGAUAAAGUCAUUUCGAAUGUUCCGAAAUUUGAUCAUUUCCCUAAAUCGGAUCAAGUUACGCCCAUACCUCCUUCAGCAAAGCUCGGCGACGUGUGGGCAUCACCUCUUUCUACAUGUCAGCCUCCUCCAUCAACCCCAAAUCAAUUUCUAUCCAACAAUAACAAUGCAGCUCCUUCCAACGAUUUGAAUUUAUUGGCUGACAGAUUUGGGAAAGAUAUGUCAUUUAAUAACCAAGGAAUAUCCAGGGAUAGUUUGCCUAAAUUCGGUACGACUUCACUUCCUUGGGAGCAGGAAAAAUCUAACGUGUUUAUAAAUAACUUUGGAUCUUCGUUACAACCGCCUAAGCCUCAACCGUUACUCUCAAUGCCAAUGAACAUGCCGGAGCAGCUUCAAAAUUUACUAGCUUCUCAGUCUCCGCAAUUUCUUCAAAGUUUGCUGAAUUUACAUGCUUUCCAACAAACAAUCCAACGGAAUCUACAGCAGAAUCAGCAAUUUCGGGGUGGUUUAAUCUCUCCUGCCCCAUCACAGAACUUUAACCCUCAACAAUUCUCAGCACCUCCUCCACCACCACUUAUCUCUGGCUCAUUUCAUCCGCAUUCAGCAAGCUCAUCUUCGCGUUUCCAAUUCGCCAAACCCUUUCCACUUAACCCCCAAUUUCAACCUAGACCUCAGGUCAUGCAGCAACAUCAAUUUAGCAACCUCCCACUUCAGCAACAAGUGGGGAUGUUCAAUAGAAGGCCUAUGCCAGCCUUACCCCCCGCACCAUCUAUGCCUCAAACAAACGGUGGUCGCUUACCACCCGCUAAGGUUGCGAAGUUGAAAGAGAUCUUUGCGAAGAGAAUUGAAGAUGUGCAGCCAGAUCCGUUUCGUUAUGAUCUUCGUCGCGGACCCUGGAUGACGCCACACGAUCAAAUUGUAGUCCUCGGUUAUCAGUUGCGGUCGUACAAUUGCUCUAAUACUUAUGUUGAUGAUUAUUACUGUACGGUGAAAUGGCUUCGUGCAAUGACUCGCCUUCGCGAAGCCCGAUUGGCUGAGGGAGUACAGGUUCCUCAACCUUACGUUUUUAUCCAAGCUCCUAUAACCGCCUCCCAUCUCCUUUCACCAGAUCACCACCAUCGUAUUGCUAUGCGCAGUAGUUUUAUCGUCCGUCUUGUUCCCCUUAAAGGGAACCAGUCUGGAACAGGCACUGUUCUAGCUCUUCCUACUUCCGCCGAAAAACCCAUUGCUCCAACACCGACCAACGAGGAAAAGGCUCCUGAACAACCUAACCGCCCCGACUCUGUAGCAUCCACAGUUAUGAGUAGUGCCAGUGGACUCUAUGCGAAUCAACUUGGAAGACCAACAAAGUCGAAUGUCAAAACUCAGAGGAUCAUAGCUGAACUCUCUGUGGCUACAGCCAUUGUCGAUGAGGCGCAAAAGGAGCAUUUUAGAACUGAGGCUGAGGAAGUCGCUUCAAUGUUAAAAGACCCAUCUGAAAAGAAAGUGGCCUUGACCAGAGAAUCUGAAGAGGUCACUGCUGCGAUACGUCAACAAAAUAUUGAGCAUCGCCACGUUGUUAGCCAACGUCGACGUCUUACCGUCCUGGCUAGAAUUGAACGGCUCUACACCACUGUCCUCAGUAUUGAUGAAACUAACGUCUCCCUAGCUCGAAUCUCCGUUCGUAAUGAAGAAUCUAAACACCUUAUGGGUCAUCGAUUACUCCUGCUCAAAGUUCUCCAUCGCGAUCUCUUCAUUUUUAAAAAGGUUCAAUCCGAAAUCAACGAGGAGAAGCUACAACGCCGUCUGGCUAUUGAAAUCUUUGAGGCACCAAAGGGUAUACGGGUCUUUCCUGUUAUUCUCCGUUACCUCUUCCCGGAGGAUAGGUCUUUCUGUAUAUCUGAAUUCAUAUCGAAUUAUGCGAAUAUCCAUUUGGGAAUCACUGAAGGCAUUGAUAAGUACUCCCACUUAUUAUUCAAUUCCUUCAAAGAUGGUAUCUUUAAAACCGUUGAGGAUUCUUCAGAUUUCGCAAGAUCCUGUCUCCGUGUACCCUUUUCAUCGGUAGCUGAUUCCCCUGUGACUUCUACUUUGAAUGAGCUCCUCACUGGGCGAUUGGAUAAUAACGUGCUUGCCAUGUUCCAUUCGUCGUUUGGACUUUCACUCUACUACUGCUUGCUGGAAGCGUGUUUGUUUAAGAAUGUGAGAGAAACUCUCAUUCUUGCCGGUGAACUACUUGCCUAUGCCUCCCGUAUAGUGUCGAUUCUCGAUUCGAAUCUGAUGCCACUGCCAAUGCCUCUGGAUUCUUUCCCUCGAGUUAGAGAGGUUGAUCCUGCAUGGAUAAUGCGUAAGGACCUCUACAGUGCCUUUGCAGGCCUCCACAAAUUCGGUGGAAUAUUCCGUCAUAGAGCUUCGGAGGGUAAUAUGGCUAAGUCGACUCCUGGAUGCGUUCAAAGCACACUACCACCAUCAUGGACAAUACAGUACAGUGGUCAACAGCCGCAUCAAAUGUUCGUGAGAGGUCUUACCUUACCAUAA